AUGCUGGAAGAAGAUAGUGAAAAGACCAUUGGGAUUGUUGGGGCGGGUCUAGUUGGGUGUUUGGCGGCCCUUGCUUUUGCCAAAAAAGGAUAUGAUGUAACAUUAUUUGAGUAUCGACCAGAUCCUCGUACGGUUGAUUCGUCACAGAGAAACUUGAGAUCGAUCAAUUUAGCUGUUAGUAGUAGAGGGAUUAGAGCUUUACAGUAUGUUGAUCCGGCCAUGGCAGAUAGAAUUUUAGAGCACGUUAUACCCAUGAAAGGACGAAUGAUACAUGACAUUACAGGGACUAAACAGGAAUCGCAGGUCUAUGGGUUAAAUGGUGAGAGUAUCAACUCGAUUGACCGUUCUUUUUUGAACAAUUGCUUGUUAGACGAAUUGGACAAGUCAAAUGUCAAGGUAUUGUUUGGGCACAAGUUGGUGAAAUUGGAUACUCUGAAUACGAGCAGAAUGACAUUUAUUGACGCACACAAUGAUGCUAAGACGUCUACUUUUGAUUUUAUUGUUGGGUGUGAUGGUGCCCAUUCACAGUUUAGAUACCAUUUACAAAAGACAAUGAGAAUGGAUUACUCGCAAAAGUAUAUUGACAUGCAGUAUUUGGAAUUGUAUAUUCCGCCAAGUGAGGACCCUGACAAUAAGUUUUCCAUUGAUGCAAACCAUUUGCAUAUAUGGCCCAGACACAACUUUAUGUUGAUUGCUUUGGCAAAUAAGGAUGGGUCGUUUACGUCAACAUUUUUCAGUCCCUGGUCAGUUAUAGAGGAUAUUUCUUCUAGUGAGGAGUUUGUAGAGUUUUUUAGACGCAAUUUCCCUGAUGCUGUUGGUUUAAUAGGAGAGGACGCGUUGUCGAGUGCAUUCAAAUCCAAUCCAAGAGGGUCAUUGAUGCAAGUCAGUUGUUAUCCAUAUAGCAAUGGCAAAGGUAUUAUUUUGGGAGAUGCUGCGCAUUCCAUGGUUCCUUUCUAUGGGCAAGGUAUGAAUUGUGGGUUUGAGGAUGUUAGAAUUUUAAUGGAAUUAAUUGACACCAACAAUGGAGACAUUGAAGAAGCAUUUACACAGUACUCUGCCAGCAGAAAGAAAGACUUGGAUGCUAUAUGCAAAUUGGCUUUAGACAACUACUACGAAAUGUCAUCAAAAGUAGUAGACAUUGGAUAUUUGAUUAAGAAGAAGUUAGACUAUUCGUUAGGUAAGAUUUUUAAGAACAAGUGGUUGCCUUUGUACACGAUGAUUUCGUUCAGAGACGAUAUUCCAUAUGCCAAGGCAAUUGAGAUAGAGAAAAGACAAAACUGUAUUUUGAAUAAUGUUGGGCUUGGUGUUUUGGGAACAGCUGCAGUUUAUGGGUUGGUUAAGUUGGGACAAUUUUUGAAUCGCAGACAAUAA